AUGACCGAAACUUUUGCAGAGGCCCAGGAGUUCCAGCGUAUUGCCGAGCGGCUCUAUCCAACAUUGUCUGCCGACGAGGCCUAUCUCGCACUUCAGCGCCGCGUCCUGGAACAUAUGCUAGAUGGCAGUCUUGAGGUCGCUAAAAUAGGGGCUCUUUUCCGGGGCAACGCUGGAGCGGCGGCCGCUAUUGAAUUGGGCCAAUAUGGCAAGGAGGAAAUCAAGAGCCUUGUGGGUUCUAUCAAGGCUUCCUCGGCCGCCUCUCAGCCUCGAGUCGACAAUCUCACUGUAGAGGCCGGUUCUAUCCCAGCUCAGCGGACCACACGAAUAGUCGAGGACUUGGCAUCGCCUCUGCCUGGUCCUUCACAGUCGGUGGCCCAGGGCGCCGAAACAGCGGCUACAGGAGCUGGCCUUCGGGGUGACCAUGCGCAGGGUGUCCCAGCGGGCUUGUCAGACAAUGCUUCGCCGGGAGGCGAUGCUAGCGCUGUCCCUGGAAGGUCGCUUCUCGAAAGCAUUGACUAUCUGGCAUGCUGGAACACGGUACUGAGAUCAAUUCAAGUUGCCCAGGGAUACCAGGCAAUCAAAGCACUCAAUGUGAUCGCCGAACAUCUCGGCGAUAGCAACUGCAUUGCUGUAUCGGGUGCCGGUGGUCCUGACGGUUUCGCGCGGCCUGUCUAUGACUUCAUCAACAAGAAGAUCAAUGAGAUAGACCCGGAAGAGCGGAAGAAUCACCGUUUCUUCGUCUACCACGAUUCCACGAACUGGCAUCCAGCGUUCGACCGACUGACGCGGGAGAACCCUCUGCCGCCAGAAUUCGUCAACAUCCCCAGCGACAACCUCGACCAUAUGUGUCUGUUCAUGCGCGAAGUCAGACAGCAGCUGGUGGCUAGGGAUCCGCAGCGUGGCGAGGCUAUGGUUUUUCACCUGCUCAUUCCAUCGUGGGCCAAGCUCUGUGUCAAGGAGCCGCUGCACUUUCCAGAAGACCUCUACCCUCUGCACAUCGAGGGUGUGACGCACGGUGGCAAGGCACAGGUCGAGUUCAACCUCCCCGCAGCGCCUCGUGGGCUCUUACACGGCAUUGCAAAUGUCCUCGAUCCAAACGGCUGGAAUUCGAUAGCAGCAGGCACUAGUUUAGCUGUCACGAUACCAACGGUUUGCUGGGGAGUAAAUGGUGCCUGUCUGGCUGCGGGUAUCGGUGUGGCUUCUUUGACAGGGUUCGGCGCGCUCGUUGCCAUUCCCAUAUGGGCUGGAUCUGGGGUGUGGGCGAUGGAUAAGACAACUCCAGCUAUUGGGAACGCGAUCCAUGAAUCCUUACGUGAAGAAGCACCGAGGGUGCUAGGCUCUAACCAGCGAUUGGAACAGAAGAAGAUGUUUCGAUAG